UCGAAAUGUAUAUAAGAAAUACUCAAGUUAAUUAAAAAAAAAAAAGAGUCAAUCAAGCUACCGGAUGACAGAACCUGCUGGUGAUCUUGAAGAAGAAUAAGGAACUUAACGGCAGUAAUUGCUUCUUCCACACAAUCAAGAGCCAGGAUGAAGAUGUUUUGCUUUGUUUUGUGUUGUUUUCUUUUGGCUUUUGUUUGUUUUUUAAGGCACCUUCCAAACAUGGGCUAAUAGAAAGGCAUGGAGAUGUAGGCCUGCAUCAAAGCCAGUCAGGGAAACAAAUAUAGGCUGUUCUCAAAAGGAAAAGUGAAAAAGAAAUCUAGGAUUUUGUUCAAUGAUGGACGCUGUGUCUUGUAUAUACAUGACCUGUGCUCAGAAAACAUUGACUCAUGGUCCAAAAAGAACUAUCAUCCUUAAAAUCUUGGAGGGGGCAAGAUCUCUAGAGUUCAUGCUGGUCUCAAAUUUUCAAGCCUUUCAAGGCGUUUUAGCCUUUCAAGUGUUGCAAAAGUACAUGUGUGUACAUGCUUGUCCUUACGCAGUCUCUCGUAGGAUUUACUUGAGAAUGAAUUUCAAAAUAUCACUUAUUUUUUAUUAAAACAUUUUCUUGCACAUACAAAAACAACAUGAGCUGAGGGGGCUGUCCACUGAUGUAGCAUUUGCCUGACAUGUAUGACGCCCUGAGUUCUACCUCCACCAUUUUAUAAUCUUACCACUGGAUAGGUGGAGGGAGAGAGGACCAGAAGUUGAAUGUCACCCUCAUUCAUAAUAGGAUCUUUCCACUGGGGUCAUAGAGAUUGCUCUCCAAACAGAGAAAAGCUGAACACUUUCCACUAUGGUCACAUUCACAACAUCACACAUUUUAGGUUCAUAUCCAGGAGGAAGCGUCAGUGCAUCCAAGGUGAAGUAGAUGGAGUAUUCUAUCAUUCCAUGUCUUUCCUCCAGGGAUGUAAUGUAGACCUAAAAACACACAUGAGAGAAAAGUUUAUCAAGCAUAAUCUUCACAUGGAGGCUCUGGCCCUCCUCGUUCUGGCCCUCUUCACUCUGGCUCUAAUCAGCAGACUGCUGCCCGUCCUAUCACUGGUUCCCAUCCUGUCUGGAACAUUCUCAAUACCUCAAUACCUAUGUAAGCCACCCCACGUGCCUGAAUCCUACUUGACUCCAAUGGGAAGAAAAUUUCUUGGAAUGUACUCUAUAACUCUAAAUACUAACCACAGUGGCCAUUAACUUCUUAGAAUGCAGGUUAAGAGGUGAGGAAGAAUUGAUGGAAGAAGAAGGGUGGGGAAGAGGACUUUCGCCUGUCACAUCCCCUGUGUGUGUGUGUGUGUGUGUGUGUGUGUGUGUGAGAGAGAGAGAGAGAGAGAGAGAGAGAGAGAGAGAGAGAGAGAGAGAGAGAGAGAGAGAGAAUGAAUAUUCAGGUAUUCAGGUGUUUACCAACUAGACUUCACUGGCUGGUCAGCAAACCCCACGGAUCUUCCUACCUGUGCCCACAGCCCUGGGAUUGCAAGUGUAUGCUCCAUGCCAGUGUUUUUAAGUGGGUGUUAGGGAUCAAACUCAGGUCCUCAGGGCUGCACAGGGUGCAUUUCAUUGGCUGAACCAUCCCUUCAGCACCCUACACAUGAUCUCUGCAUCACUGUUGAAACCCAGUGGUCAGUCUCCAGUAUCUAAAAAAUAGCAAGCUAGAAUUGGGGAGCUCUGACUUCCCAGUCUUCCACAAUAUACUCCCCUCCUUUCUUCACAACCAGUUUUAGUAGGGUAAUUGUUUUCCUUCUGAAGAGCUGAGAUUAAUAAUGUGCCAACAAGAAAAUAAACUUUGGGGCUGGAGAGAUGGCUCAGUGGUUAAGGGCACUGACUCUUCUUCCAGAGGUCCUGAGUUCAAAUCCCAGCAACCACAUGGUGGCUCACAACCAUCUGUAACGGGAUCUGAUGCCCUCUUCUAGUGUGCAUGAAGACAGGGACAGUGUACUCAUAUACAUAAAAUAAAUAAAUCUUUUAAAAAAAAAGAAAAUAAACUUUGUAACUAGGAGAUAACUUUCAAGUAUAUCUUGUGUAUUAUCUCCAAACUAUUUCCUUUGGAAAGUCUUGCUACUUCUGUAAGAAAACAGGCUUCUUGGGCUGGAGAGAUGGCUCAGUGGUUAAGACCACUGACUGCUCUUCCAGAGGUCCUAAGUUCAAUUCCCAGCAACCACAUGGUGGCUCACAACCAUCUGUAAUGAGAUCUGAUGCCCUCUUCUGGUGUGUCUGAAGAUAGCUACAGAGUACUUAUAUAUCAUAAAUAAAUCUUUUUUUUAAAGAAGAGGGCCUUCCUGUAAAUGACUGAGCUUGGCUGCCAUUGGUCAGCUCAGGGAUGACAUCACAUUUUCCCUUCUUUGACGCAACAAUGCCCACCAGCACUGAAAAGGCCGGGCCCUGGCUGAGGCGCACACAGAGGGAAGAUUUCACCCCAUGGAGGACACUGUCUAGGCUGCUCCUGUAGUGAAGACCAAUCGCUGCUCUCCAAUCAGCAGGAUCGGAAUUCGUGCUUCUAUAAACAUGGGAAAAGACAGCAAAGUAAGACCAAAAGUGAACGUCUCGCCUUAUGUCCAUUUUAUGAUGGACUUCAGAAAUCAAACAAGGGAGCAACAGCCAAACACCUAUUAUGAUUUUACCGAAUUUUCUAGAAAGUGUUCUGAAAAGUGGAAGACCAUCUCAAAGAAGGAAAAAAAGAAGUAUGAAGCCCUGGCCAAGCGCGACAAAGAUCGGUACCAACGUGAAAUGAGAAACUAUACCGGACCGAGAAGGGAGAGAAGAAGGAGAGAUCCAGAUGCACCGCGGAAGCCCCCAUCCUCGUUCCUGCUCUUCUCCCAAGACCAUUUUGACGAGAUAAAAGAACAACACCCAAACUGGACUGUGGCGCAGGUGGCCAAGGCUGCAGGGAGGAUGUGGGCCAGGUGUUCAGAAGCGGAUAAAAUCCCCUACGAGGAGAGGGCUGCGGUUCUGAGGGCCAAGUACCUUGAAGAGCGGGAGGCCUACUACCACCAAUGCCAGCGCGGGAAGUAAAAGUUCAAGGGAUGGGGCAAACCCAAUCUGAAACAAUAAACCUCAUUCAACUGGC